AUGGCUUCACCUGUCCUUUCAGCAUUAGAGGAUUCACUCAAUCCUCAUAGUCCAUAUUAUGUGCAUCCGAGCGAGAAUCCAUCAACCGCCCUUGUUUCUCCUCUUCUUGAUCCCUCAAAUUAUAAUUCAUGGUGCAGAUCAAUGUCCACUGCACUCAGUGCGAAAAAUAAGCUGGAAUUCAUUGAUGGUUCUUUGCCACAACCAGCGCCCAAUCACGUUCUUCAUACUGCAUGGAAACGUUCCAAUAACAUGGUGGUUUCGUGGUUGAUACAUUUAGUAUCACCUUCAAUCAGACAGAGCAUAUUAUGGCUGGAUAAUGCCGUCGACAUUUGGAGAUAUCUGAAAUCAAGAUAUUCCCAAGGCGAUUUGUUGAGAAUCUCUGAAUUGUAG